CAGUAGGAGGCGCUCUGCAGCUUUUUAGUCCGCUGAUAAAACCCCUUUAAAGAAAGUAAGAGCUCGCGUGUUAUGUGUUUGUGUAUCCUCAGUGUUUUUACCUCUAGAGUGUUUUUUUAAGUGUAAACAGAGUCUUUUCUCUGUAGUGUUAAGAUGGAUGUAAAGUGCUGUAAAUCAGUAGGAACUGAUCUGUCCUUGCUGGAUAUUGAUGAUUUCAUCACAGAAAUCUCUCAUCUGAAGAAAGAGGUGGCGUUACUGGAGGCAAAGCUGAGGUCAAGAGGAGAUGAAGGACUGAAGAGAGAGGACUCCGAGCUCAGUUUGACUUUACUCUGUUAUACUGAGUCAAAGCCCACAGAAACUCAGGACACUACAGUGUGUGAUAGUAAACAGGGCUCACAGGAUGAUGAAUCUACUGAUCAAACCUCCACAGAGUCUCUGGAUUCUGUCUGUAACGCUGGAGAACAGCAGCAGAUCCUGCAGACCACACUGAAGAUGUGUUCAGUCAAACUCAUCGACUGCAGGAACCUCAUGAUGGAGAUAAAAACUGAAACCACAGCAGAUGAAUAUGAAGGCAAUCAUAAUAAUUGUAUUCCUUCAGAUGAGAAAAGAGGUUCAUGUUGUGAUGGAGAAAUAACGUCUUCAGCAUCAAAAGCGCGACCGACAGAACAAACUCUUUCCUUCAUCACCUGUGGAGAGACGUUGAGCUCACAGAGACAUUUAGAGACGCGUGAGAGAAAAUGCACAGAACAGAAACUCUUCCCCUGCAGGAGAUGUAAGAGCAACUUUACUACCUUACAAGAGAAGAAACUUCAUCAUUCAAAAGUGCACAUUGUGAAACCAUACUCCUGCUUUUACUGCGGAAAGAGCUUCAAUGAUUUAUCUCAAGUAAGAGUUCAUCAGAGAGUUCACAAUGGAGAGAAAAUUCAUCACUGCAGUAUUUGUGGAAAGGGUUUCAGUCAACGUAAAAAUUUAGUAUCACACCAGAGAAUUCAUACAGGUGAAAAACCUUUUAAAUGCUCUCAGUGUGACAAGACGUUUGCUUACUCAGGUCACUUAACAGUUCAUGAGAGAAUUCACACUGGAGAGAAACCUUAUCACUGUAGUGUUUGUGGGAAGAGUUUUAAUCAACAUGACGGUUUAGUUAGACACCAGAGAAGUCAUACAGGUGAAAAACCUUACAAAUGCUCUCAGUGUCAAAAAAUGUAUGCUGAUUUAAGUUCAUUAAAAACCCAUAAGAGACUUCAUACUGGAGAGAAACCGUACGUCUGCUCUUACUGUGGAAAUAGCUUCUCUGAUUCAAGUACUUUUAAAGCCCAUGAGAGAAUUCAUACUGGAGAGAAACCUUACCACUGCUCGAUGUGUGGGGAGAGCUUCACUUAUUUAAAAACUUUAAAGAGGCAUAAGAAGAAACAUACUGAAGACCAACCUACACUGAAAUCACCAUAGCAUCUCAAUCUAUGAAAGUCAGUCAAACCCAAAGUGCUUUGGAGGUCAACUCCACAUUGAGUUUUCAUGUGGAUUUAUGUGGGAGUUUGUUUGAAGCCAAUGAUUUGUGGUGAUAUUUCUGUAAGUCUUUGUGUUACGAGAUUUUUAGUUCCCUAAGAACACACACACACACACACACACACACACACACAAACACACAAACACACUGAUAAAGCAUACUUUAAAUGCAAUGCUUUGGAUUAAAGCGUCUGCCGAAUACGUAAAUAAAAAUAAUAAAUGUUUCAUUCAGCUUCUCUUAUUUCUAUAAUAUCCCUGACCUCUACAUCAUCAUACAUGCUGUUGUUCACAUACACCAGACAAAAGAGAGAACACAAAACUAAAGAUGACGUUGACCUCGGUAAGUAUCAGUCAUUACCCUCCUCGUUCAGUGUUUACACAGUUAGAAAAUCUCACACUACACCAUCAACACCCAAACUCUUUCCCUUGCCUUCUCCACCCAUCACCUCUUUAUCAGCGGAUAACUUUGCCUCAGAAAAACCUUCAUCCAUCAGCAGACACUUCUCAGGUAGCAAGAAAGCAGACAGAAUCCAUUGAAUCAAUGUUAAAUAUGGUUAAUUUGUCAAAUUAUAUUAAAUAAAUUUCAACAAACCGGUGUUUGCUUUA